AUGACGACCAAGACGCUCCCCGCCAACUCCAGCGACGCCUACGACUAUGUCAUCGUGGGCGGCGGCACCGCUGGCUGCGUCCUCGCCUCGCGUCUCUCCAGCUACCUGCCCGAGCGCAAGGUUCUGCUGAUCGAGGCCGGCCCCUCCGACUUUGACCUCAGCAACGUCCUCGACCUGCGCCAGUGGCUCACGCUCCUCGGCGGCGAGCUCGACUACGACUACGGCACCACGGAGCAGCCCAUGGGCAACUCCCACAUCCGCCACUCGCGCGCCAAGGUCCUCGGCGGCUGCUCUUCGCACAACACCCUCAUCUCCUUCCGUCCCUUCCGUCACGACCUGGAGCGCUGGGUCGCCAAGGGCUGCAAGGGCUGGGACUUUGACACCCUCGUCCGCCUCGUCGAUAACCUGCGCAACACCUUCCAGCCGGUCCACGCCCGCCAUCGCAACCAGCUCUGCAAGGACUGGGUCGAGUCCUGCUCCACCGCCCUCGACAUCCCCGUCAUCCAGAACUUCAACGACGAGAUCCGCUCCACUGGCCAACUGACGCAGGGCGCCGGCUUCUUCAACAUCUCUUACAACCCGGACAACGGCUACCGCAGCAGCGCCUCGGUUGCCUACAUCCACCCCAUCCUGCGCGGCGAGGAGCGCCGCCCCAACCUGACGGUCCUCACCGAGGCGCACGUCUCCAAGCUGUUUGUCGAGAACGACGAGGCCAAGGGCGUCGCCGUCACGCUCGCGUCGGGCCAGAAGGUCACCAUUCGCGCCCGCAAGGAGACCAUCCUCUCCGCCGGCGCCGUCGACACCCCGCGCCUCAUGCUGCACUCUGGCCUGGGCCCCCGCGGCCAGCUCGAGGGCCUGGGCAUCAAGGUCGUCAAGGACAUUCCCGGCGUGGGCGAGAACCUCAUCGACCACCCCGAGACCAUCAUCAUGUGGGAGCUCAACCAGCCGGUGCCCCCGAACCAGACGACCAUGGACUCGGACGCGGGUGUCUUCUUCCGCCGCGAGCCCACCAACGCGGCGGGCAACGACGGCGACGCGGCCGACGUGAUGAUGCACUGCUACCAGAUCCCGUUCUGCCUCAACACUGAGCGCCUGGGCUACCCGGUGAUUCGGGACGGAUAUGCUUUCUGCAUGACGCCCAACAUCCCCCGCGCGCGCUCCCGCGGCCGCAUCUACCUGACGUCGGCCGACCCGGCGGUGAAGCCGGCGCUGGACUUCCGGUACUUCACGGACCCGGAGGGCUAUGACGCGGCGACGCUGGUGGCGGGCAUCCGGGCGGCGCGCAAGAUUGCGGAGCAGGAGCCGUUCAAGGGCUGGCUGAAGCAGGAGGUGGCGCCGGGCCCCAAGGUGCAGACGGACGAGGAGAUCAGCGAGUACGCGCGCCGGGUCGCGCACACGGUGUACCACCCUGCGGGCACGACCAAGAUGGGCGACGUGACGCGGGACGAGUACGCGGUGGUGGACCCGGAGCUCAAGGUGCGGGGCAUCAAGAAGCUGCGCAUCGCCGACGCGGGCAUCUUCCCGGAGAUGGUGUCCAUCAACCCGAUGCUGACGGUGCUGGCGAUUGGCGAGCGGGCGGCUGAGCUCAUCGCCAUGGAGGACGGCUGGAAGGUCGGCAACAAGCCCGCCAGGCUGUAA